AUGAUCGACGAACCAGACGGCUUUCAUUCUCUAAACGAUAACAAUCCAUUGCCUUCUUCCCGAAGAGUGGAAAACCUGGGGUCCAGCGAGAAUCCAAUUGUACUCGGUGCUUCCCCAGUGGAGACGAGGGCCACUAACGAGCACACACGCGGUCGUGCUACUGGCACAACGCGACUGACUUCACGAAGGAAGUGCCCUCUUGGGGCUUACGUAGAAGUGAGUCGUGAAUUUAAAGUUGUCGCCUCAGCUCAUUCUGUAUUUUCUAGAUUAUUGACGAAUCCAGACCUCGCUCACUUCCUAGUAAUAGUAGCCGGGGACUGCGAAGCGGCUGAAGCUUCGAUGUUGAUCAAUACCAUAUGUAGUCUGUCUAGACGCGCAGCUGAAAGCGAGGAUGGUCUUUUUGGCAGACAGGACAGGCUAAGAGGAACAAAUAUGCGUAGCGCAGCGUGA